ACCAUUAAAAAUUAAAAAGCGAAAGCUGGAGAUCAAACACAGAGAGCACGGCGGACGUAUUCGGCCGCCGGAAGAACCGAAGUAAUUUCACACAAAGAGGGCCCUGUAAAUUAUAUAUCACCAAACUACACAUGCAAAACUCCUCGGAAUUUCCUUGGGCCACUCAAUUUUCGCUUUUCCAGUGAGGGAACUUAACUUUUUCAUGUGAGGAUCUCACUUUUUUUUCCGCGGAUAGAUUUGGAAAGCUGAAGCCUGAAGGCUGUUCCAAAGAUGUUGUGUAGAAUGUCGUUGGAGCCCCGUAAGAAGAAGGCCGGGUCGGUUCCGGUUUACCUGAAUGUCUACGAUCUCACACCCAUGAAUGGCUAUGCUUACUGGUUUGGCCUCGGGAUCUACCAUUCUGGAGUGCAAGUUCAUGGUGUGGAGUAUGGUUUUGGAGCACACGACCAUUCAACGACUGGGAUUUUCGAAGUGGAACCAAAGCAGUGCCCUGGUUUUACAUUUAGGAAAUCAGUUUUGAUUGGAAGAACUGAUCUGGGUCCUAAAGAAGUUCGAGCAUUUAUGGAGAAAUUAGCUGAAGAGUACUCUGGGAACACUUAUCAUCUCAUCACAAAGAACUGCAACCACUUUUGUAAUGAUGUGUGUAUCAAAUUGACAGGGAAGCCUAUUCCUCGAUGGGUGAAUCGGCUAGCUCGUUUAGGCCUUUUCUGCAACUGUGUUCUUCCAGUGGGAUUGAACGAGACAAAGAUUCAACAUGUUAAGUCAGAAGUCGGUGUCAAUGAGGAAAAGAAGAAACUGAGAAGCAAUUCAAGUAAAUUCACAUCCUCUUCUAACCCUGUGCCUCCUCCUUCUGCAUUAUCCUGUCCUACAAGUUCUGCAAUAAGACACAGCAGACAAAAACGUUGCCUUCCCACUCCUCUGUCUUCGAUCCACAGUAAUUCCACAACCACCUUAAGCUUAAAGCUUUAGAUUUUUAGUUCUUUGGAUUUUGAAACUUUAGGGUUCUACAGUACCAAUCAGCAAUAUGCCGAGGGGUAAGUGUGCAAAUUUCUUGUGUACCCCGUCUGGUUAUUUGGUUCUGCUCUCUCAAUUUCGUUUGUUGUCAAAAUAGCUGCUUUGGAAAUCGUGUUUUACGUAACAUGCUCCUGUUUAUGGUUCAUAAGAUCAAAGUGUUAUAGUAGAGUUCUUUGUCUCUUGCUUGUACACGCAAUUAUUCUAUGAAAGCUUUCUCUUGGCUAAUCUUGAGUGAGGGAGGUGUUUUGAUUUGGUA